AAACGAGGGGGACCAGAACGGCUUGUUUGCGCCUGCUACGAAGGGAGGGCCGAAGGAAGGGGAAAUCCAGAGGCCUGUCAAGGGAAGCAGCUGACGAGGGGAAGAGAGAGAGCAAACCGGGGUGUGGAGAGGAUCCGAAGCCUGUUUGGCCGCAAACUUUGCUAUGUACAUGAACUGAAACUUUGACUGAAGCCUGCAACGGGCCAUCAUCUGUGGAGGCUUUAAAACAGAAAAGUCGCAAGCUCUAUCUUAAGAGGUCCCUUAAAAGGCCGGCUCUGCUGUUGGACAGAUCGAAGUCAAGCCGAAGGGCCAGGAAGCAGUGCUGAAAAAGUAUCGUCCAUGUUUUCUUCCCUGCAGAGUGCAUCCGCCUGCCAGUGGCCAAGCUGAGGAUCCCCGGCACAGCAAUGGACCCGGACCCCUACGCGAGCAUGCAGGUCGGCAUGCGAGUGGUCCGUGGGGCCGACUGGAAGUGGGUCAACCAGGACAACGGCGAGGGGAACAUCGGGACAGUGGUGGAGAUUGGCCGGCAGGGCAGCCCAGCGACCCCUGACAAAACCGUGGUGGUCCAGUGGGACCACGGGACUCGCACCAAUUACCGGACCGGCUUCCAGGGAGCGUAUGAUCUUCUGCUAUAUGACAAUGCACAAAUAGGGGUCCGUCACCCUAACAUCAUCUGUGAUUGUUGCAAGAAGCACGGCAUCCGUGGAAUGCGGUGGAAGUGCAAAAUCUGCUUUGAUUAUGACUUGUGCCUACAUUGCUACACGAGCAACAAGCAUGAUCUUUCCCAUGCAUUUGAGCGCUACGAAACUGCCCACUCGCAGCCAGUCACCGUAAGCCCACGGCAGAACUUGCCACGCAUCCCUUUGAAGGGAAUUUUUCAGGAUGCCAAAGUUGUCCGGGGGCCUGACUGGGAAUGGGGAAACCAGGAUGGCGGCGAUGGCAAAAUUGGGCGCGUGGUUGAUAUCCGUGGCUGGGACGUGGAGACGGGGCGGAGCGUGGCCAGUGUCACCUGGGCUGAUGGUACCACAAACGUCUACCGAGUUGGUCACAAAGGGAAAGUGGACCUAAAAUGUAUUGCGGAAGCAUCUGGAGGGUUUUAUUACAAGGAGCAUCUUCCUAAAUUAGGCAAGCCGGAUGAGUUGCAGAAAAAGGAGAGCACAGAGGGGCACCCGUUCCAACACGGGGACAAGGUGAAAUGCCUCCUAGACAUCGACAUCUUACGAGAGAUGCAGGAAGGCCAUGGAGGCUGGAAUCCCAAAAUGGCUGAGUUCAUUGGCCAGACAGGAACAGUGCAUAGGAUCACAGACCGAGGAGAUGUGAGGGUCCAGUUCAACAACGAUACCCGUUGGACGUUUCAUCCUGGAGCUCUAACCAAGCUUAACACCUUCUGGGUUGACGAUGUCGUGCGGGUGAUCGACGACAUGGAAACGGUGAAGCAGCUGCAAGCCGGUCACGGGGAAUGGACGGAUGAGAUGACGUCGAUCCUGGGCCACAUCGGUAAGGUGAUCAAAAUCUUUGGGGACGGAGAUUUGCGCGUUUCCUUCGCCGGCCAGUCCUGGACCUUCAACCCAGCGUGCCUGACAGCUUACCAGAGAGAGGAAGAUGCUAAUCUUAUGACCACCCAGGACACCAGGGAGUCAAAAAGUUCCUUGGCUUCCGUGGUGGGGCGGUUACUUUCCCAAAAAAUCGAGGCCGACAGUCCCGGCCGCCUGGUGGUUGAGGCAGCCCACGGGAACGCUGGCAAGGUUCGGGACUUGAUCCAGAAAUACCCCGACAAGGUGGAUGUGCAGAACCAGGGCAGGACCGCUUUGCAGGUGGCUUCUUAUGUGGGGCAGGUGGAAGUGGUGAAGCUCUUGCUGCAGGCUCAUGCAAGUAUUAACCUGCAAGAUGAGGAAGGUGACACAGCCCUUCAUUAUGGAGCGUUUGGGAAUCAAGCAGACGUCGCCCGGAUGCUUGUCAGCAAAGGGGCCAACGCGAAUCUCUUGAACAACGCCAGGUGCACGGCCCUGUACGUCGCCGUCAAUCAUGGCUUCACGGAGGCUGUAAAAGCCUUGUGCGAGCUCAACUGUGACGUGAAUUUGCCAGGUUCCGCCGGUGAUACCCCCCUUCACUACGCCAUCACCGCCGACUUUAAAUGCAUCAUUGAAGCGCUCACUGAGGUUCCUGGCAUUGAUUUUACUAUUCAGAACCAACAAGGAUUCAACCUGUUACACCAUGCAGCCCUGAAGGGAAACAAGCUAGCGAUCAAGAAGAUCCUCGCAAGGGCUCGGCAAUUGGUGGACGCCAAAAAGGAUGAUGGAUUCACCGCUCUGCAUCUCGCGGCCCUGAACAAUCACAAGGAGGUGGCAGAGAUUUUAAUCAAAGAGGGCCGCUGCGACAUCAACCUCAAGAACAACCGCAACCAGACGCCCCUGCACUUAGCCGUCACCCAGGGUCACGUGGAGAUGGUGCAGCUGUUGGUGAGCGAAGGGGCCGACGUCAACGCAGAAGACGAGGAUGGCGAUACGGCCAUGCAUAUAAUUUUGGAGCGGGAACAUCUAGUGUCUGUCAUGGUCGAGGAGCAGCCGGAUCAGGAAGACAGCCUCUUCUCAAAGCUUCAGGCCUCUGGUUUCCUCGGCAACGCCAAACUGAACAUGGGAGCUGCCCUUGCGUGCUACCUGGCCCAGGAGGGGGCCGACAUCAACUAUGCCAACCACCGGGGCAAGUCUCCGCUUGAUCUUGUCUUGGAUGGAAGCAUCGCCCAACUGAUCCAGAACUUCUCCCAGAAAUACAGAGAGCAGCAGGAUUCCUUAGAAAGCUCUGCCAUGACAAGCAGCCUGAGACGUGUCCGCACAACUCCCAACACCAUGACAAACCUCAGCGUGGCAAAGGUGGCUGCCCCUUCAGAGUGCUUGGUCUGCUCGGAACUGGCACUCCUGAUCCUCUUCUACCCUUGUCAACACAGCAUCGUGUGCGAAGAAUGUUCCAGAAGAAUGAAGAAAUGCAUCAAAUGCCAAGUAACAAUUACCAAGAAGUUAAAACAAGACAACUCCGAGGUCGACGGUGGCUCCUGCCCACAGGCCGCCAACCAGCGGAAGCUCAUGGAGGAUCUGCAGAGCCGCUACCGGCAGAUGGAGGAGCGGAUCACGUGCCCCAUCUGCAUCGACAGCCAGAUCAAGCUGAUCUUCCAGUGCGGACAUGGGUCGUGCCAGGAGUGCGGGGUGGCCCUGAAUGUGUGCCCCAUCUGCCGACAGGCCAUCCGCGAGAGGAUCCACAUCUUCGUCUGAGGACUGGCUCCGCCACCGCCCUGCCGCUACCCUGCGCCUCCCGCCUUUCGUUUCGGGUUUUGUUUCGGUCAGGAGGGUUUUGGGCGGGCCGGAGGGUAGAUCCAAACGGCGAAGACCUGGGCCAGUGGGGUAGAACGAUGCCUUUCCUUCACAGCUUUCUCCAGUUUCAAAAAGAGGAGAGACCUUCCCAAAAGUGCAUGUUUCCUUCCGUCCCGCGGAAAAGCAAUAUUCUUGCACUUCAAGAGGCGGGACGUGAAGCCAGUUCCGCCCUUCCGGCACCAGGGCCCAGCCAAAGGGAGAGCUGGGGAGGCAAAGGGAAAUUGGAUUUUCCAGGGCCAGCUACACCCUGAUGGAGAGAGGGUGUGCGUGCACGUGCGUGUGCGUGAGAGAGAGAGAAUGUGUGUGUCCUUCAACGUGAAGUGGGGAAUGUUUGCUGGCAAAAAAAUACAACACAUCUACACAAGCCUUUC